AUGGCAGUCACCCUCCCGAACCGCGGUUAUGAUCUUCGCACGUCGUCCCUUCGCCGACGACAAUGUACGCUUCCGUGCCACAUCAUCGCCCUCCUUGCUUACGCCAGCUUCCUUGCAGCUCCUUCUCGCGCCGCCCCAUCUCCUUACCUCCCCGUCGAAGCGCGCAACCAGCUGCUACUCCCUGGCGCUUCUUCCAGCCAUCACGGCGGAUUUCCCGGGGUGCACUUGCCCGCGCGGCGCGAGGACCUAAGUCUGAAGAUUAACUACACCAACGUGUACAUGUUCUGCUACCGCGAGACCUACGCGCGCAUGCCGCCAACCAAAAAAUGCGCGAAAAGGUUCCGCGGGAUCGGACCGGUGUGCAUACGCAGCUGCCCGGCGUUUGGAGGGCAAUGGGUGAACUGUGGCUAUGGCUGCUCCCCCUCCUACAAGAUGUGCAUCAAAACGGUCUGGAAGCAGGCUAGCUCAAUAACGUUUCUGACGUACAAGGUCAAGCUGCCGGCGAUCGACCCGUAUAUCGACCCCGCCUUUAAGAUAUCAAAGCAGCUGAGCAAAUGGUGGAAGAAAAUCUUCCCACCAAUGCUGUCCCACCUGAAAAAGAGAUCGGAUUUUAAUAAUAUUGCCCAGAAAACCAUUGCCAGCCGGACUCUCACUGCUCUGUUCAUCGCAAGCUAUGCCAAGCCUGCUCAGGGGAAUGACCGGAGCACAAUUACCUUUGUGGAUCCUGGAACAGAGGACAAGGAAGCAGCACUGAAAGAAUUCAAAAACUCACACUAUGUGAUAUCAGAGCAUGCGUUCAAGACAGGGAAAGGACUGGUGGGGACGCUGGGGUUUUUGGAUUUCACGAUUAAUCUGGAGAAUGCUGCUAAGCUUGACCCAUCAGGAGUCAUUGAUUUUAUGCUGCAGUUUGGCCACAUGCCAUGCGGAAAAGUGAAGUGUGUCAAGUGUUAUGCGAUCCGUGCGAAAGCAUGUACGAUUGCACCAACCUGCGUCAAUGGCAAGUGUGGCAAUGCUGGGGUUGAGGCAGAUGGAACAAGCUGCACUGGUUUUGGAAACGGAGGAAAUUCCUACUCAGGAACCUGUUCCAGUGGCGUCUGUGUCAGCAGCUUUGCCACGUCCUACUACAGGAAAAAGCAGCAGGAAUCACUCUGGAUACCUGAGGGUUAUACAGAUUCAAGCACAAAUCUGACCAUCAGCCCAGAAGUGUAUACAACUUCUGAGGAAGAGUACCUAGAUACAAGCUUACAGUUAUGGGAUGUUCUGGCUUCGCAGUCUGGCUCUUGUUCCUUCAACAAUGGUGGCUGUGGCUCAUUCAUCUGCCAGGUUAACGAGGGGAAGAACAGCUCAAGCUGCAUCAACCCACAUGGCCAUGGAUUCGCUCCUGCACCCAUGGCCACCAAUUUUCCAUUUGGCGAAACCUUGGAAUAUCAGUACCCUGUCAAGGCAGUGGACUGCUUGAAGCUCUGUAAAGUCAACACCAAGUGUGCUCUUGCUGUCACGACAUGGGGCAACGAGUGCUGGCUCAAGUCCAGCAUCGGCGACCCGGUUACUGCAGAGACUUAUCAGGCUUUCAAGAAGCUGUAG